UUUAAAGAGUCCUCUCCUGCUGAUGUUCAGGCUAGUCAUGCAACGUUUUCUGCAGCUCUCCACGACGACUCCAGGACGGAUCUCAACGAGGUCAAAGGUCACCUGGAAAUCGCCUUGUUAGAGAAACACUUCUUAGAGGAGGAGCUGAAGAAACUCAGAGAGGAGUCCAACGUGGAUUCUCUGCGCCAGGAGCUGGAGAGAGAGCGCAGCCGCAGCAGCGAGCUGGAGCAGAAGAUCAACGACGUCCUGAAACCCAGACUUGAAGACUCACCUUCACAGACGCCUAAAGCCCCGUCCCCUUCAACAUCUGCAGUCAGCGGUACAGACAAACAGAAGGACACUUGGUCCAGCAGCUUCCGGAAGUGUCUCUACGAUAGAUUUGGCGUUUACAUCGAGGACUUCCGCUUCCAGCAGGAGGAGCAGACGGUGGAGACGGAUGAGCCGCUGAGCGCCAAGAGGUUGACUGAAAACAUGAGAAGACUCAAGCGAGGGUUGAAACCAUUGUCCAACUUCAAGAGGAACCUGACGGCGCUAUCCAGCUGGUACUCCGUCUACACCUCGGCCAUCGCCUUCAUUGUGAGUUCAGUCCACUGGUUACUGAUGAUAAUAAUAAUACAAAAUGAUUUGUGGAGCGCUUUUCAAAGAGGCUGGAGGAUCCAGUGGAGCAUCGUACCUGAAGUCUCCGAGCCCGUGGAGCCUCCCAAAGAAGACCUGACGGUGUCUGAGAAGUUCACGCUGGUUCUGGACGUCGCUCAGAAAGCUCAGAACCUGUUUGGCAGGAUGGCGAACAGACUGGAGAAAAUCAAGAAUUUGUUCAUUUGGGUUCAGCCUGAGUUGACUCAGAAGCUGUACGUUGGUCUGUGGCUGGCCUUCAUCUCCUCCUGCCUGCUGCCAUUCACACUGCUGGGAUUCUUCAUAGUAUCCCCCCCCCCCCCCCUCCAGGUCACGUUAACCAGCGGGCGGGGCAGCGUCGGCCCGGCGGCUCCUCUCGGUGCGAGCCGGGAUGAAGACGGAGGGCGAUACAGCAGCACCAAGAGAGGAGCUUUCCACGAAGUGUUCAACCUGCAGGAGAGCGAGCGCCCCCUGACAGUGUGUGAGAGCGGCUGGCGCUGCUGCCUCAUCAACAGAGACAGGAAGUCGCCCACUGACUACAUCCGCAACGGAUACCUCUACGUCACCGAGAAUCAUCUGUGUUUUGAGAGCUCCAGCUCCAGAUCCGGAUCCUCCAAGAGGAACAAAGUCAUCAAACUGGCCGACAUCACCGACAUCCAGAAGUACAAAGUGUUGUCCGUGCUGCCGGGGUCAGGGAGCGGCAUCUCCAUCGCAACGCCGUCCACAACAAAGCCGAUGGUGUUCGGCGCGAUGAUCCACAGAGACGAGGCCUUCGACGCCAUCUUUAACCAGCACACGAAAAUCGUUUCCGCGGCAACAGCCAUCGAACCGGAGACGUAGUAACACCUUCACAAGGCUGCCGCCACACACACGCACACACACACGCACACACACACACACACACACACACACACACACACACACACACACACACA